AUGAAACAUAUUCCGUUGCUUAUGUUGGGCCUCGGCCUCCAAAUUGCCAGCUGCCAGGAGUCCAACAAUAGCCAUUCUGCUGCUACAAUUUAUAACGAGGAGCAUUUUGGUCAUCAAUUUUCUGAGUGUGCUUCCCAAGUUUCUAGCGAUCUUGGUGGAUCAGCAUUGGACCUCAAUGGCGAAGACCGUUGUCAGUUGCACAGGGCCGUCUUUGAUAAAUGCUCUGGAGACUUGAAACACACCGAUCCGAUGUACUACUUUGUUGCGAGACUGUUGAAGGACGAGUACUGCAGGGUGGGACAUUCAGGUUCUGCCGAAGUCGCCGUCGGCGGAAGGGUUAUCGACCAUAUUGUGCGGAUGCUGAGCAAGGGGACACGGAGAGACUUGAAGGUGUUUUUCGAGGCCACUGAGGUCAGUUCGUCUGCACGGUUGACCAAACGCGGCAACCCGUUCGAGUUCAAGAUCAGUGAGGACAGAAAGUCAACGAACAACGCUGAACAGAAGAGCUCGGAGGAUGAAGCCAAAACCCGGGCCCUGGAGAGGUACAUCAACCGACGCGUCGAAAAAGCCAAGGCCGAGAACUUAAAACUGCCCGACGGCAGAGUGGUCGACGAGGCCAGAAAGGUGACGAGCGUCUCGAAGCCAAAUAUGAAGACCACUCAAACGGACCAAAAGCUGAGACCAACGAGUCCUCCAAAACCAAAGAAGCAGGGAAAGAACAGCGGCAAGCAAGCCCAGCCUGCUACUCCACUGACCGGUCGUCUCCCAGAGCCCGUGAAAACCGCCCCGGCCAAGGCAGGCAACCUCGGAGUUUCUGACCAUGGCAUCUUUGACAAAAUUCGCGACAAGAUUGCAAAGCACACGGGCCAUCUUGACGGCGACGACUGCGACGACGAAAGUCCUCCUCCCGAGACCGUGGAGGUGACGACGACGCAGAUUAAAAAAAAGGUGCGCACCGAGACAGAAACAGAGACAGAGUACGACACGGAAACAGCAACAGACACUACUACGGUGUACAAGAUUACGCAUCUCCCAACCACGAUGUACCAGUUUCUGACGAAGCACAAGUGGGACCUGCUCACGAAGACAGAGUACGAGUACGUCACCGACACCGAGUACGACACAGUCACCAAAACGUGUUUCGAUAUCGAGACCAAGACAGAAAGAGAGCUGGACAUCGAGCAUACGACCAAGACGGUUGCGAAAAAGACAAUCACCAUGUAUGACACAGACACGGAGACAACGACAGAGACAGAAAUCGAGUGCAAAACCACAACCAAGGAGAAGACCAAGACGGUGCCUACGACACAGCUGUCCACGACCACACAGACGGCCACCACUACGCAGACUACCACCGUCACAACGUCCAUUACCGGUUCCGGCUCGGUCACGUUGACGUCGACCGUGACGCUGUUCAACGAGUUCACGUCGCGUUUCUGUUCAAUUCUCGGCCGCCUGGGUGUCGACUGUCCGUCGAUUCCGCUGCCCACUCUGGGGGCCAUGCAGCUGCAACGGCGUGAUUUCGCAGAGCCAACGGGAAUUGUCUCCACGGACCACUUCAGCGUGCCGGCAUUGGCUGCCACAACUGCCGCCGAGGCCAGCAGGCUGUACACGACGGCCAGAGUCUCCGCAUUCACAAACACCACCCUGCAGACUAGCACGGUGGCCGCCUCUUCAACGGCUCGAAACGCGACGUUCCACAACGCUGCCGGUGCGGCGCCGGACGGAAGCUUGUCUGUCGUGGUGAGCGUGGUUGGUUUCGCAUAUGCCGUUCACUGCUUCAUGUUCGCGUGA